ACACUAGGCGAAUGCCUAACAGCAACAGAAAACAAAGCUCCAACAGUAAUUUAUCAGUAAAUCGAGUAAAUAAUGGAAAACAGUGGUGAAAGUGGUGAUGACGGUGGACCCCAGGGUGCAACGAGCUACUUCACUUCCGGAGGGGUUUCUGGGAAUUAUAUCGGGGUGCAGUCUGAUGAUCUAGAAGAUGAUCCGGAAAACACAGACGACUCGAACCACGGAGGAGACCCCCUGCACGGUGGAGGCAGUGGUGGUGCCGCGGGUCCCCUCCGAGAGCAGGACCGCUUCCUCCCGAUCGCGAAUGUCGCAAAAAUAAUGAAAAGAGCGAUCCCCGAGGCCGGGAAAAUCGCCAAAGAGGCCAGGGAAUGCGUGCAGGAGUGCGUAUCCGAGUUCAUCUCGUUCAUAACAUCAGAAGCGUCUGACAGGUGUCACAUGGAGAAGCGAAAAACGAUAAACGGGGAGGACAUUCUCUUCGCGAUGACCACCCUCGGCUUCGACAACUACGUCGAGCCCCUGAAGAUGUACCUUCAGAAGUACAGAGAAGCGACGAAGGGGGACCAGACACCCCCGUGUCUCACAGGCCAAAGUGCCAAUGGAAAGACUGAACCACCGAGCACAAUUUACGAGGAACAGCUGUACGCAUUAUCCGGGUCAAAUGCAACGACCUCCGACUCACCAGUGAUCUACAGCUAUUCCUCGGGCGAUCAGAUGCAAUUCCAACUGUCCUGAUCCUCCGAUGACUCCAAGGACGAGGAGUGGACGUGUCUCGAGGAGUGAACACCACUCUGGACGCAAUAGUUCAAUUGAUUAAAUUUUUUUAAUCGCUUAAAAUUGCGGAAUCAGUGGAAUUCAUAAAUAUCCGUCUAUACAAUAUAAAUAUUAUGACGAGAGAUCGGCACUAAUACUAUUUUCACCGAUAUUUGCACCGCAAGUGGGUAUUUCUAAAUAUGUUUCAUUAUAUUGUGAAUGAAUAUUGAGAAAUUCACAUUUUUUAAAGACGCUAUCAAUGAGUAAUAAUUGAAAAUAAAAAAAUGUCGUUUAUCCAAUCAGGAAUUUUGUAGCGUUAUUGAUUGAAAAAUUAUUUGUUUCAUUUUUUAUUUUCAUUUCUCAUCAGUAUCGCAAUGAAAAACAAUCGUAACUCGAUUUUUUUCGUUAACCAUUGACAUUGUAAUGAAAUGUUAAUAAUGGAAAUGAUUUUCCUGCCGAUCUCUGGUCGCGAUGGUAUAGUAAUCCUUAGGCGUGUUUUUUGUAAUGAACAUUCGACAUGUAGAAAAAAUUAGCCGAUCCUUUAUUGUAAUUCCAUUAAAGCACUAAAAUUCAUAAUAAACUAUUCUAAACGUU